UCUCUUCCAAAACUUUUAUCAUCAUAGAAGGUUUACAUUGCCCAAUCUCUCUCUCUCUCUUUCUCUCUCUCUCUCUCUCUCCGUAUCACGAUUUAGGGCUCACAAACUCGUUCUUUGACUCAGAACCAAACCCUCGCUGUCGCUGAUCUGCUUCUUCAGGCUAUUAUUCACAGAGAAAGCGUGUACAAAUUGUUCUUCUAUCUUUUGACUCAACACGAGGAGGGCUGUUUCCAAGCAAGGGAUGAUAUUUUGCAUGACAUUUUGAUGCUCAUGCAAUGUCGGGUUUACUUAAUUCUUCUCUAAACGGAUCAGCUUCAAAUCUUCCAGACAGUACUGGGCGAUCUUUCACCACAUCUUUCUCUGGUCAGUCUGGUGCCGCCUCCCCUGUUUUUCAUCAUACUGGAACCAUUCAGGGCCUGCAUAAUAUUCAUGGGAGCUUUAACGUUCCCAACAUGCAGGGUACCCUAACAUCAAGAAACUCAACACUAAAUAAUGUUCCUUCUGGUGGAGUUCAACAGCCUACUGGAAGCCUUGCUAGUGGAAGAUUUGCAUCAAAUAAUCUUCCUGUUGCUCUCUCACAGUUAUCACAUGGAAAUACCCACACACAUUCAGGAGUUUCAAAUAGAGGAUGUAUGAGUGUUGUAGGAAACCCUGGUUUUAGUAGUAGCACAAAUGGAGUUGGAGGUUCUAUUCCUGGCAUUCUCCCAACAUCAGCUGCAAUUGGUAACCGGAAUGCUGUACCAGGAUUAGGUGUUUCCCCAAUUUUGGGAAAUGCAGGUCCUCGGAUUACAAGUUCUAUGGGAAACAUGGUUGGUGGAGGCAACAUAGGAAGGAGUAUAAGCUCUGGUGGAGGGUUGUCUGUGCCUGGUCUUGCAUCUCGACUAAACUUAGGUGCAAAUAGUGGAUCUGGGAGUUUAAGUGUGCAAGGGCAAAAUAGAUUGAUGAGUGGUGUGCUUCCACAAGGAUCUCCGCAGGUAAUUUCUAUGCUAGGAAAUUCCUAUCCUACUGCUGGAGGCCCACUUUCACAAAGUCACGUUCAAGCAGUGAAUAAUUUAAGCUCUAUGGGGGUGUUGAAUGAUGUAAACUCCAAUGACAAUUCACCUUUUGACAUCAAUGAUUUUCCUCAGUUGACAAGUCGUCCUAGUUCUGCUGGCGGACCUCAAGGGCAACUAGGUUCACUACGAAAACAAGGUCUUGGUGUUAGUCCUAUUGUUCAACAAAAUCAAGAGUUCAGCAUCCAAAAUGAAGAUUUCCCUGCUUUACCAGGAUUUAAAGGUGGUAAUGCUGACUAUGCAAUGGAUAUGCACCAGAAAGAACAGCUUCACGACAAUACCAUGUCAAUGAUGCAGUCUCAGCACUUCUCUAUGGGAAGGUCUGCUGGAUUCAACUUGGGGGGAACAUAUUCGUCUCAUAGACCCCAGCAACAACAGCAACAUGCUCCAUCAGUUAGUAGUGGUGGUGUCUCCUUUUCGCCUGUAAAUAAUCAGGAUCUUCUCCAUUUACAUGGCUCAGAUAUAUUUCCAUCUUCACAUUCAGCCUAUCACUCUCAGACAAGUGGACCUCCUGGCAUUGGAUUAAGACCACUGAAUUCCCCAAAUACAGUUUCUGGCAUGGGUUCUUAUGACCAGCUUAUCCAGCAGUAUCAACAACACCAAAACCAGUCCCAAUUUCGCCUGCAACAAAUGUCAGCUGUCAAUCAGUCAUUUAAGGAUCAAGGAAUGAAAUCCAUGCAGGCAGCACAAUCUGCACCAGACCCAUUUGGCUUGCUUGGUUUGUUAAGUGUUAUAAGGAUGAGCGAUCCUGAUCUAACAUCCCUUGCACUGGGAAUUGAUUUGACAACGCUUGGAUUAAAUUUGAAUUCAACAGAAAAUCUUCACAAGACCUUUGGUUCUCCAUGGUCAGAUGAACCAGCUAAGGGUGAACCCGAAUUUAAUGUGCCACAAUGUUACUAUGCUAAACAACCACCUGCAUUACAUCUAGGUUACUUUGCGAAGUUUACAGUGGAAUCAUUGUUUUAUAUAUUCUACAGCAUGCCCAAAGAUGAAGCCCAAUUAUAUGCUGCAAAUGAACUUUACAAUAGAGGCUGGUUUUAUCACAAGGAACAUCGCUUUUGGUUCAUAAGGGUCCCGAACAUGGAGCCACUGGUUAAGACAAACACUUACGAGAGAGGGUCCUAUCAUUGUUUCGAUCCAAGCACAUUUGAAAUGGUUCGCAAGGACAAUUUUGUGCUCCACUAUGAGAUGUUGGAAAAAAGACCGGUUCUUCCUCAACAUUGACAUAUUUUUACUUAUUUAGAAUGUAAAGCUUCAGUUGUAUGGAUGCUUAAUUGAUUAGAACGUCAGUCGGUUUGCAGCAUUAAAUGCCCUCAGUUUGGCAAUUGUAAGCAAUUGUCCUUUUAUCCAUCUCGUUGCAAUGACGAGUCAGUUUAGUUUA